AUGUUGACCGUUUGUAGCGAUCAGGUCACCUGUGCUGUCACAAAUAUAUAUAACGAGACCAGUGGAGACACUCAGCCACACAAUCGAGUGCUAGCUGCUUUCACAUGCCUGCUUGUGGUGGUCCCGGUUGCAUCUGUUGCGAUGGCUGUAAGAAGGAGGGAAAAUGCACCUGCAAGCCGAAAUCGUGUGAAUGCAAGCAAUGCCCUUGUGGAUGCAAUUGUUGUCGCAGCGAGUGUCAUUGAAUUGUGCACUUUUUGUUGGUAG